GUCACCACGAACUCCCCCCUUCACGCAGUCUUCCAUAUCACUUCCAGAUCCGAUCCUGUGCACCGUGUUCUUCGACGUCGAUCUACAAAAUCAUCUAUUUAUUAUAAAUCGGCAUUGAACUCUCGGUCAAGUGUGAAACGCUUUCGUUCCAUUGACGUCACGGAGAUCUUCACUCACCACAUCGUCCCAAAUAUCUCAAUCUCCAGCUUGACAACGUCUCUCCCUCCCCUAUAUCCAUCAACUUUAGUCGGCUUGAAGUCUACUUUGUGAUCUCACUGUCGAUAUGCGUGUCCAUACUGUUCUCGUCGGUGUGUCAGUAGGAGUGUUGUCAGUCAACGCCCUCUCAGCAGGAUGUGAAGCUCAAGUUGGUUUAUUGGCGAUUGGUUCCGUCGGUUCUUGUUUAGCUUUGACAAGUCUUUUACCCGUGCUCAGCACAAAUGGAUCCAUCAUCGAUCCUCUUAACGCUUACUUGUCCACGCUUUGCGCUUCUUCCACACCGACAUGUGAUAACUCUACUUUGUCAAGUGCACAAAGUUCCGUAUCGUCUGCUUGUUCUUCGGACAUUUCCGCAGGAGGGACCGGUGCUACUGAGAUUGAUGGGUUAUUGACUAUCCUAAAGUCUUAUCCUCAGAUCUACGGUGCGGGAUGUUCAAAAAAUUCUACAACCAGUGGUUACUGUGUGACCGAAACUCUUACAACUAUUCAAAACGACACCAACUCUCAAAUCACCACUUCGUUCCUGACUUCUCUUCUUUCGGGUGAUAGUACCGCUCUCUCAACCGUCUCAUCCGCUUUGGGUUCCGGAAACCUAUGCACUGGCUGUGUUGAACAGAUCUACCUUGAGGCACUUUCGGCCAAUGCGACCAUCUCUUCGUCCCCUGUAGGGAGCGCUUUGACCUCGCAAUGCGGUUCCUCAUUCGGACAAACCACCCCGUCGGGCGUAUCGACCACUUCUGUACCCGCUUCGACCUCUUCGGCCGCGGCAUCCAGUGGGUCGGGGGCUGAAAGGGGUUCAGUCAUGAUGCCUUUUGCCGUGGUAGGAACUCUAUUCCUCGGUGUGAUCGGCGGUGCUCUCUUGGUCUGAGCCCCUCACGUUCCAAUACAUCCAUCUCGAGCAGAUCUUGCGGUUAUCACAUAGGUUUAGGACAUUCUCGAAGAUGAGUGCUUAAAAGCGGAAAAAAGGACAAGGUAAGUGUGUGUGUAUGCCAUAGUCAGUGAUAUCUUUCAAAUGUAUCUCUUAUCUCAAU